AUUAUCGAGUUAAUGUCGUGAUAGAAAUGCGAUAUUUUAAAAUCUAACAUCAUUUAUUAGUGUAUUUCUCGUGAUAUUAUGGAGAGAUUUUCAAACUUUGGGGUAUAUUAGUCUGACUGCUAAUUAUUAGAUUAUUGAUGUAAUUAAGAUUAAUUAAAGUGUAUUAUAUUAACACUGAAUUAAAUACAAGAAUGUCCUUCAUUCAGCUGGUUGUAGAUGGGAAAAUCGUCCAAUAGUUGCGCGUGGGGCCUGCUGUCGUUUGUGCCUGGCAUCCAACCCCGUUGAGCUUUUCAACUUUUCCUGUUGGAUAUGUAACACUGGCACUGGCCAAUUGUAUGUUUAACCAUUAAUGGCCACCAAUUGGAUUGUUAGGAUUGUUCCAUCAGUUAUAUUUUGGGCCAUGCUCUGUCCACAAUGGAGCUCCCAAAGUUUAUGGUCCAGUAGUCAGUAUCUUUUUUUUUUUUUGGGAAUAUAAGCAAAUUUUAUUAGUCCCAAAGGGCCAGAAGCCCAAGAAUAACAAGAGACCAAGAGCAGGAGGAGAAAACCCAAAACCUAGGCCAGGGAAGCAAAAAAUAAAAGAUAAAAAAUAACAAAAAGAAAAAAAUGAAAAAGAAAAGAAAAAAAGAAAGAAACCCACACCCUGGGCCAAGGACAAAAGUAGGAGCCCACACCUUUAAAGAAUUGUGGACAAAUUUUUUGUUGUAUUAUUGAUAGGCUAAACAUGAUGUAUAGAAGUUUUUAAUUGACUGAAUUUUCUUGCAGUAUUAAUUUACACAUGUUCCCAAAUGAGGCUGUCGCAAACAAUGCUUACGAAGAACUUUCAAAGAUCUUUGCACAAAUGAAAGGGAACCCCGAGCCGAAAGGGGCCCCUCAGUUGACAUCUUCAGAUGGAAAAUUCUUACAUGAUUAUGUUCUACAAUUACAAAAAAAGCUUGUUCGGCAACAGAGAAAGGUAAUUUUGCGAAGAAAACUAAACAAGAGAGUGUUAAGGGUUCAAAGAAGUAAUGAGUGUCUAACAUCAUCUUCAAAUGUUUACAUACAAUCAAAUUGUCUUGUUACAAGUUGUAAGAAACAUGCUUCAGAAAACGGAAUGGAAUUAUUGUGGGUGAAGCAUCUUGAUAGUAUGUGUAAUGAAAGGAGAGCUUGCAAUGAUAUUUCAAGUCAAAAUGUAGACUUGGAGGUUGCAGAUCCUAAUCCAUUGAGAACCCCUUGUGACAAAAGUGUCCGAGAAAGCCCUGGGUGUGAAAAAGAUAUGGAUGCUACAAGUAUCAACCCUAACAGACAGGCAACCGUUUGUCAAACGUGUGGCGUCACGGGCUACAGUGAACUUCUUGUAUUCUGCGUCGAUUGUCAGAUUUCUGCAGUGCAUUGGUAUUGUUUGCAUGAAAUGCCGGAAAACAAUGAAGUAGAAGUCCACUGGUCAUGUGAAGAAUGCGGACAAAGGUUUCCUAAAAACAUAAAAGAGCAGCAGCGAAGUUCUGAGGAGCACAAUGAAGUCGAAGAGGUUAAACCUUUUAGGAUUAGUCGGAUUUGUACAGAUCGGAAUUCCUUCAAUGGUAAUGCAAUCGAAACAAAAGACAGUCAAGAUCAUGCUGUUUUGAGGCCAUGUCCGGGGCGCCGAAAUUCAUUUUCAGAGAGGCUUUCAGAUGUUUCAGCUGGGCAGUUGGAAGAUCAAGUGGCCACACAAAUUCCCUAUGACCGUGAUGCUCCAUUAAACAGCUCUUGCUGUCAACCUCUCGCAGAAUACAAUGGUUAUGUCCAUGCACAACCGAUCCUCGAUCCCAUAUGGAGGGGAUGUUUUGAUGUAGAUAAUUCCAAGUACAUAAUGAUUGUUGGGCAUUUGUCAAACAAAGCAUGCUCUAAAGUGCGUGAAGGUGCAGUUAUGUUGCCGCCGGUGCUUUGUGCGAAGAAGCUGCCAAGGACGGAUUCAUGGCCAAAGGCUUUUGAAAGAUCACAUCCCACUGAUGACAGCAUUGGCCUUUAUUUCUUUCCUGAAAGUUGGAGAGACAAAAUGGUGUUUGAUCAGCUGCUUUGUGAUAUGAACGGCCAGGAUCUAGCAUUGAAGAUCAUUGCUGAUGAAGCCGAUCUUCUUAUCUUCUCUUCUCUUCUGUUACCGAAGGAGUCCUGUAGGUUCUGCGAGAAGUAUUAUUUGUGGGGGAUAUUUAAGGGAAGGAAAGUUCCCCCCUUGCAUAAAUGAGAUGAUGCCAUCGGUCGAGAGGAGCGACAAAAAUUUAAGACUUGAUGCAACACUGGUUAUAUCAGCUGGUUUUUGUCGAACCCUCCCUUUGUACAAGGGGCCUGCAUCUAGGUAACCAAAGCCGUCAAUCUGGUGGGCCGUGAUAACUCCUUUAUCAAAUGAUUUUGUAGAGAAUUAUUGUCAAGUCUUAAUUUAAUUAGGAUACAUAGUUAUUAAGCAAGCUUUGGUUAAUUGAAAUUACGAAAGCGCUUGGUUAGGAAAUUUACUUCUUUGGUAGUUUCAGUAUUAGUGGGGUUGGGAAAUGAGGAGUCCUCUUCCAUGUAAAAGCAAUCUAGCUCUUUCAUUUCUCUUUGCACUCUUCUUUUAUCUUUUUCUUCCUUCCUCUCCAUGGAUGUAAAAAAUCUUCCUCUUCAUAGCCUUGCUUGUGUGAUUUUCUACAUUGUAUCAGAGCCUCGUCAAUGAGUUAAUUGGUCGUGUUUUGA